AUGGCGGCGGAGAACCAGGCCAGUCAGGAGAGCGCUCUGGGCGCCUACUCGCCAGUGGACUACAUGAGCAUCACCAGCUUCCCGCGGCUGCCGGAGGAUGAGCCGGCUCCCGCGGCCCCUCUGAGGGGCCGCAAGGACGAGGACGCCUUCUUGGGAGACCCCGAUACAGACCCGGACUCCUUCCUGAAGUCCGCGCGCCUGCAGCGGCUGCCCUCGUCCUCCUCGGAGAUGGGGAGCCAGGACGGGUCGCCUUUGCGCGAGACCCGCAAAGACCCGUUCUCCGCCGCGGCCGCCGAGUGCUCCUGCCGCCAGGACGGGCUCACGGUCAUCGUCACGGCCUGCCUCACCUUUGCCACGGGCGUCACCGUGGCGCUCAUCAUGCAGAUCUACUUCGGGGACCCUCAGAUCUUCCACCAGGGCGCCGUGGUGACCGAUGCUGCCCGUUGUACCUCGCUGGGCAUUGAGGUGCUCAGUAAACAGGGAUCUUCUGUGGACGCAGCUGUGGCAGCGGCCCUGUGUUUGGGAAUCGUGGCUCCUCACAGUUCUGGCCUGGGCGGCGGGGGUGUGAUGCUGGUACAUGACAUCCGACGCAACGAGAGCCACCUAAUUGAUUUCCGGGAGUCUGCACCAGGGGCCCUCCGGGAAGAGGCCCUGCAGAGAUCCUGGGAAACCAAGCCUGGGCUCUUGGUGGGGGUUCCCGGAAUGGUGAAGGGGCUACAUGAAGCUCACCAGCUCUAUGGCAGGCUGCCAUGGUACCAAGUCCUGGCCUUUGCAACAGCUGUGGCCCAAGAUGGCUUCAACGUAACCCAUGAUCUAGCACGUGCCCUGGCAGAACAGCUGCCGCCCGAUGCAUCUGAGCACUUUCAUGAGACGUUCCUGCCAUCGGGCCGCCCACCACUGCCUGGCUCGCUGAUGCAACGGCCUGACCUGGCCAUGGUACUGGAUGUACUUGGCACCUACGGCCCCGCUGCCUUCUAUGCUGGUGGUAACCUCACGCUGGAGAUGGUGGCCGAGGCUCAGCAUGCAGGGGGUGUUAUAACUGAGGAGGACUUCAGCAACUACAGUGCCCUCGUGGAGAAGCCUGUGUGUGGCGUGUACAGAGGCCACCUGGUUCUCAGCCCCCCGCCCCCGCACACAGGCCCUGCCCUCAUCAGCGCUCUCAACAUCCUCGAGGGCUUCAACCUCACCAGCCUGGUCUCCCGGGAGCAGGCUCUUCACUGGGUGGCAGAGACCCUGAAGAUUGCACUAGCCCUGGCCAGCAGACUGGGAGACCCCAUCUAUGAUUCUACCAUCAUUGAGAGCAUGGAUGACAUGCUAAGCAAGGUGGAGGCUGCCUACCUGCGGGGCCACAUCAAUGACUCCCAGGCAACCCCUGCCCCACUCCUGCCUGUUUACGAGCUAGAUGGGGCUCCCACGGCUGCCCAGGUGCUGGUCAUGGGCCCUGACGACUUCAUUGUGGCCAUGGUCAGCUCCCUGAACAGGCCCUUUGGCAGUGGCCUCAUCACCCCCUCGGGGAUCCUACUCAACAGCCAGAUGCUGGACUUCUCCUGGCCCAACAGGACUGCUAACCACUCUGCACCCAGCCUGGAGAAUUCGGUACAGCCGGGAAAGCGGCCACUGUCUUUCCUGCUGCCCACUGUGGUCCGGCCAGCAGAGGGGCUCUGUGGAACCUACCUCGCCCUGGGGGCCAAUGGAGCUGCCCGGGGCCUCAGCGGCCUAACCCAGGUUCUGCUGAAUGUCCUGACCUUGAACCGGAACCUGAGUGACAGCCUGGCCCAUGGUCGCCUACACCCGGACCUGCAGUCCAACCUCCUACAGGUGGACAGUGAGUUCACAGAGGAAGAGAUUGAGUUCCUGGAAGCGAGGGGUCACCACGUGGAGAAGGUAGAUGUCUUAUCCUGGGUCCACGGCAGCCGGAGAACCAACAACUUCAUCAUCGGUGUGAAGGACCCUCGGAGUCCAGACGCAGCUGGAGCCACCAUCCUGUAG